CGCCCCCGCUGCCCUGGGCGCGCGGGCUGGACUCGGGGACGCGCACGCCAUGCGUGCCGACCGCUCGGGACCACGCCCGGCGAGGCCCGGAGCCCCGCAGUUUGGCCAGCCAUGUUCCUCUCCGUGGCGCUACGGGCCCGGGCGGCCGGCUUCGCCGCCCACUGGGGAAAACAUAUAAGAAAUCUGCAUAAGACAGCUGUUCAGAAUGGAGCUGGAGGAGCCUUAUUUGUGCACAGAGAUACUCCUGAGAAUAAUCCAGAAACUCCAUUUGAUUUCACACCAGAAAACUAUAAGAGGAUAGAGGCCAUUGUGAAAAACUACCCAGAAGGGCAUAAGGCAGCAGCUGUGCUUCCUGUUCUGGAUUUAGCCCAGAGACAGAAUGGAUGGCUGCCCAUCUCUGCUAUGAACAAGGUUGCAGAAAUUUUACAAGUACCUCCAAUGAGAGUGUAUGAAGUAGCAACUUUUUAUACAAUGUAUAAUCGAAAGCCUGUUGGAAAGUAUCACAUUCAAGUCUGCACUACCACACCUUGCAUGCUCCGAAACUCCGACAGCAUACUGGAAGCCAUUCAGAAAAAACUUGGAAUAAAGGUUGGAGAGACUACACCUGACAAACUUUUCACUCUUAUAGAAGUCGAAUGUUUAGGGGCCUGUGUAAAUGCACCAAUGGUUCAAAUAAAUGACAACUACUAUGAGGAUCUGACACCUAAAGAUAUUGAAGAAAUUAUUGAUGAACUGAAGGCUGGCAAAAUCCCAAAACCUGGGCCAAGGAGUGGACGCUUCUCCUGUGAGCCAGCUGGAGGUCUUACCUCUUUGACUGAACCACCAAAAGGACCUGGGUUUGGUGUGCAAGCAGGCCUUUAAUUUAUAUUCGCUGUAAAUAUGUCAGUGGAGAAAUAAAAUAUGAAUCUCCUAUCUACUUAAACUUUUUAUAUUACUUGUUCAUUUCCAUCUAGGUACACCUUGCUUGUAACCUAGCAACUUACAGCUGUUAAGUAUCAUGUCAGAACUUCAGAGCACCAUUUUCAACCGCCUUUUCACUUUUAUUAAUAUUAGGGUACUGUGAAAUAAAAAUUCUGUCAAAUUUCAAGUAUAUUUUGCUCUCCCAUCUUUAGCCAUAGGCAAAUCUUAAUAUCUAUAAACCUUGUUAGUAUUUUCUUUAAACAUUUUUGUAUUUGUGGCACAAAGUUGUUACUGUAAUUUCAACUGGUAAGUGAUAUGUCAAGCAGACUAGGUGUAACAAGGAUAAGGUAGUUGUCUUUAGAUGUACUGUUUAUUAUUUUUAAAGAGGGAAGGUACAAAACACUUUGACAUUAUUCUUCACUCUUCUGACACUGCAGGUACACAAGAACUAACUAGGGGAAGAAACUGGAAGUAUAACUUGAGUUUGAAAGUUCAGUGGGAAUGGGAAAUAUGCUCCUCAGUUGAAUGCAUAUUACAAGUUUAGAAACCGAACGCAUACUACAACUUAGAAGAAUAAAACCCUUUGUGUAUAUCAUCCAGUUCAGGAAACUAGCUAUGAGUUUUGCAAGUUUGAAUAAAAAAUUAAUAGCCAGCUUGCCAGCUUUAAUUGAGGGGUAGAUCUAAAUAAUCCAACUGUUUAAGGAUUUCUCAAAGUCACUGGUGGCCUUAGUCUUAUGACAGACUAGUAUAUGCUUAAAAAUAUGAACAAACAUUUUACUUUUUGAUACUGCCUUUAUGAAUUUUCAUUUUUCACCUAAGAAGGUAACAGCAAAAGUAAUUUUUCAAGAGGCACAAAAAAAAAAACACAGUGAAAAUGCUCCCUUCUGCCCCAGAGCCCUCAGACCUUCCCACAGGCAAUGGAAUGCUUUUAUUAUUUUUUUUAUCUUUUUUUUAAAAAAUAGUCUUAUCUUCUCUUUGUUAGCUGUUAGGGUUUUAUUUGAAAUUAUGAAAAAAUACAUAAGAAAAAAUUAUGAAAAUUUUAAAUAACUUUAUUCCUUUAAAAUUACUAUUAUAAAAAAUGUCUUAUAUUCUUGACUUUUUUUUUCCCCCAAGUAGAUGAACAGUUAGGAAUGGGAAGGUUUCAGAUACUAGUUGAAAAAACAAGUUAUGUAUUAAAGAUAUUGGUUAUUAUGUUCUAUUUUAGAAGCAGAAAAUUUGUUUUAGGUCUUUAUAGGCAUACUAUUACACCAUUAUCAAAACAUACUUUUAGAUAAUCACUUACAUUGUGCUACAGUAGUAUGUAUUAGGAUUUUGAGUUGAAUCUUGCUUAAUUUUUUUUGCCCAUUUUUCUUGAAAAUUGUACCAAUUUUUUACACAAGAGCACUGGUUUUUAAUAAUUACAGAUAGGCUUUUAAAAACAUCUGGCAGGUAAAUUUCAUUACAGUAAUCCAAGAUGGUUCCAAAGAUAUAUGAACACGCUUGAUUCAAAACUCCUUGCCAGUUUUUUGUUGCUAGAGAUGACAGCUAUAGCCUAGCCUGAUUCUCAAACCAAUGAAGAGAAGCUGGUGGUGUUGAUGUGUCUAACACCACUUGCUCCCUCUUUUCCUCUUCUCAGUUCCUAGCUCUAUGCUGUUUUUUUCAAAAAGGAGAUAUUUAGGGAGGAAAUGUUCAUAUUACAAAAAUAGAGCAACAAAUAAUUCAACUUGUCAUUCUUCCUACUGGGCAAAAAUUCUUGUGCCUGGCUCUUUUGGUGGUUUUUGGAGUGGCUACUGAAUGUUGCUAGGGAAGGCUACCAGUUCCUCAGAAGUACUUGCUAUAACUGGACAGAGCAACUGUCCUAUUAUAUCCUAUAGCAAGUGACAAUCAUAUGGGUAUUCACUGCCCAAGUAUUACAUCUGUAAAGACUGUCAAUAUGGUAAGCCAUGACUGAGAUUUUAUUUUUAUUAAUUCACCUUCCUGAAAUAUGGCAGGAUUUUCUGAAUGAUCUAACUGGACUUCAUGUAGAAAACAUAACAGUAGUUGAUUCUAACGGUAAGAAGUUGGAAAGAGUAAAUUUUGCAGAUGGCUUCUAUUUCACAUACCACAUGCACAUUUUAAGUGUCUGGUAGUAAUAAUCCUAAAUAAAUGUGAUAAAGCUUCA